UAUGGGGAGGCAUCGGGCAGUUCUCUUAACAUUUCCAAAUCGAAGGUUCUGCUCAUUGGUGAGGGUCUACCAGAAAGAUCUGUCGCUCCUCUAAGUGUGGCCACCAGUGUCCGCUGUUUGGGCAUUGAUUUUAUGAAUGACCUCCGUCGCUCAGCGGCAACCAACGGUCGACGUCUCCUACAAACGAUCAGGGCUGGCCUUGUGGACCACCGGCUUCGAUCCCUCGACAUUAUACAGCGCGCGCAAUACGUGAAUGUUUAUCACGCCUCACGCAUCCCCCAUGUGGCACAAGUGUUCCCGGUUCCGAUUACCCUCGCACGUCGUAUGUUGAUGGCGAUGGGAUCCUUUGUCUGUGCCGGGAUGUUAUUUAAAGUUCAAUAUUCCUCCCUUGCCCUCCCGCGGGAGCGUGGUGGAGUGGGCUUAUUCCAUGUGCCAGACAGAGUUACCGCACUUUUUGUUAGCUCCCAACUGAAAGUCUGGCGUCGCUGCCCGACGAGCCUGACCGGACUGCUUUUGCGUGAAUACGCACCAGUCUCCAUGUCAGCCCCGGUCAUGUUAUCCGACAUUCCACCCCCCUUUUAUCACUUUCGGUACUUCUUCUUUGAAAUCAGUUACAUUCUGCACUCCUUACCCCUUCUCCGUAUACUCCAGACAAAGACUGUAUACGACACCUUACAAAUGUGUCAAACCCCCAACCCCAUUGAACACAAGUUUCCCCAGAUCAUAUGGCGCCGUGUGUGGAAAGCAGUGCAUGCUGGUUACCUCGACACCAGCGUUCAGUCCACCUGGUAUAUCACCGUCAAUGGCAAACAGGUCAACCAGUCUCGUUUGCACCGCAUCCGCCUUGCUGACACACCACUCUGUGUUCACUGUGGUGUAGAGGACACGGACGCUCAUCGGUUCUCAUGUGGUCCGUCUGCUGACGUCUGGAGGCUCGCGCAGCGUAUCCUGGCUUUCCUCACCCGACAGCCGCCUGCUCAGAUAAUUUUCCUGACGCUUCUAUUCCCGGAUGUGAUUCAUUACCCCACAACAAAAACUAAUGCCGUGAAUUGGAUACGCGGUCAUACAGUCCGCUACAUUUUUGGGCCCGAUGAGAAAUCAGAACUAGGUUAUUGGACGUACCUUAACGAUCGACAUUGUGCACUUGUUCGCAACCCCAGAUACAAGCAGUUCUUUUCCAAUUUUCUACGGAGCGCCUUUCAUGACCCGCCAUAAUACAAAAAAAAAUGAAUAAAUAAAAACAUACAUACAAAAAAAACAAAGAAAAAUAAAGAAAACAAAAAUGCAAUACAAUAAACUAAAAAAAACAAAAAAGUUCCUGUUUCACAACAAAUUUCAUUUUUUUAUCGCUACUCUCUAUGUUUCUUCCCCCCUACUUUCUUCCUUUCCUACACCUUUGCAGUAAUAGGUUAGUUGUUUUGGAAUAGGUGUAGAUAGGUGCCAACGCCUGAAGAGGUGCAUUUAAUUUUAUUUUUUUGUUAGAAUACAAGUGGCGGUGGCAAAUAGACAUUUUUUUUGUAGUU